AUGGCAGAUAUUUCCUGGACUGAAGGAGCCUCCAAUGAGACAGUUGGGGAUGCCAGGUCAGAAUUGGAAGCAGGCUUCCAGUACUGCUUGUUUACUGUCAUCUACAGCAUUGUCUUUGUGCUGGGGCUGACAGAAAACGUCCUGGCUCUGUACCUGCUGUCCUGCAGAGCGAAGGACGCCUCCCCUUCCUCCGUGUACCUGAUUAACCUAGCUCUGGUAGACACCCUGUUCGUGUGCAUGCUGCCUUUUAAAAUCCAUUACCACCUGAACUGGAACGACUGGAUCUUCGGGGACGUGGCGUGCAGGGUGACAGGGACACUGUACUACAUCAACAUCUACCUCAGCAUUGCCUUCUUCACCUGCAUCUGCCUGGAUCGCUACGUGGCGGCGCUGCACCCCUUCGCCUACCUCCGCCUCAGAGCCACACACCACCUGCUGGUGGCCACGGCCCUCUGGGUGCUGGCCCUGGGGGUCACCCUGCCCCUCAUCCUCGGGGGUCCCCUCCACAACGGCGGCGUGAGGAACACGACUGCCUGCUUUGAGAACUUCCCCCUCAGCAGCUGGACGCGCCGCAUGGCGCCGUACAACGUCCUGGCCUUGGUGUUUGGGUUCGUCAUCCCCUUCUCCAUCAUCCUGGUCAGCUACCCCCUCGUGGCCAAGAGGAUCUCCCAGACCAAACACAGCGUUCGCAGGAGGAAGGCCCUGAGGACCAUCUGCAUCAUCUUGGUCAUCUGCACUUUGUGCUUCCUCCCCUAUCACCUCACUCACUUGCUCCACUUCCUGAUGAGGGUCCAGCUCAUCCAGAACAAGUCCUUCACCGACCUCAUCUACAAAAUGCGGAGGGUCACCCUGGCCCUCGUGAGCUUCAACUGCUGCCUUAACCCCCUCUUGUACUACCUCACCUCUUCCAGCAAGCAAUGGCUCCUCAAAUUCAGGCUCAGGUUCAGGUCUAAAACGGUGUACACCAUCUGCGACCAGAAACUCGGGGAGUCCUUCGGUGUUUAUCAGCUGCAACAGAGACAGGGAAAUAAACACAGGGGUGGAACCAACUGA